AUGAGGGUUUGUGGUGGGGAAGUGCACAUUUUUAGAAUUUUCCAAGUUACACACAUUGAAACAUGGCUGUUGCUUUUGUGUGAAAAUAUUUCUAAGAAAUGCACAAUACUUGAUUCGCAGGCUAUCACUGGUCCCGAGCUCCAAUUCUUUGACGUAGUUGCCAGUUGGCCUGGAUCUGUGCAUGACAGCAGAAUAUUCACCAACAGCAGAGUGAUGGCUCGCUACGAACAGAAGGCUGUACCUGGCGUUCUCCUUGGUGACCAGGGGUAUGCGUGCCUACCAUUCCUCAUGACACCACUGAAGAAUCCUCAAACAAGCGCAGAAAAGAGGUACAACAAGAGCCAGAUAAAAACAAGGAACAGUGUGGAGCGUACAUUUGGAGUGUGGAAAAGGCACUUCGCAUGCCUGCGGGCAAAGCUGCUGACGGACACUGAUCGGUCUGCAGCUAUCGUAACAGCAUGUGCAGCACUCCACAACAUUGCCUGUUUGCAUAGGGACCCAUGUCCACUCUCCGAUGAAGCACACCCCGACGUUAAUUUACCCGACAACCCCAGCCAAGGAGAUCCCGACACUGUUGCUGGUGCACAAGUACGCAGCUGCUACAUCCGCCGGUGUUUUUCCUCUGGGAACGAACACACAGCAUCAAGGCGAGCCUCGAGUUCUACGUCGAGUGUGUGCUGCAACAGAGACAGCCUGCCUCCGCGGACAUUCCGCACACUUGACCCAGCUGUUGGUGCUUCACUUUGUGCACCUGGCUGA